AUGUGCGGCACGUUCCCGUCCUCCUGUAGUCUUUUUUUGGAUUUAUUCCUGCACAGAAAACUUAUUUUUUUUUCUUUUUCUUUUUCUUACCCUUGCAGAAAUUCACUGAUUGUAGAAGCUGCGAAGGUGCUGCAGAGAGCAGGGGCCCGAAGGAAAUCAACACCGUACAUACGGACUAACAGAGACACAGAGGGGGACGUGAUGGAGGUGGACGACGGGGAUGAGAGUCUCACCAAGGCGAAGCUCUACGCGACCAUGUCUGACGACGACUCGUGGACAGAGAUGGGUGUCGGUGUCGUGUCUGUCGUCUUACGCUCCUCUGCAGCUCUGGACUGCGAAGAUAGCGAUGGUAAUGGUACGGAGCGGGCAGUUGGCCAUCUUGAGAUGAUUGACAUCGAUAAUCCGGAGGAGUUGCUGAUGAGUACACCCAUCACCCUCUCGGAUGCCUAUGUUGUCCAGCAUGAAACCAUUCUUUGGUGGUCUGACCCACAGCUGGGUCGCCUCAUGGCCUGUAGCUUCAAUACGAGGGAAGGGUGCGAGAAGAUCCAUAAGGAAAUUGUGGCGUAUCAGCGAUCUAGGAGGAGCGUCAUUUCACAAGAAAUAAAUGGCGUUGAGGUGGCCAGUGCAUCGUCUCUCUGCAGCCACUGGACAGUGUGCCGCGAAAACCUACCAGCUAUUCUUUCUGCCGCCACGACCAAUGCCCAGCGUUUUGGCGUGUAUGUGCGUGGCCGCGACACCUACUUUAAGGAGCUUGCGGAGCUAUUUCAGGCGUGUCAGCGUGACGAGGACGUACGCGGCAUGGAGUUGACGGGCCAUAUUACAUUGGCCCUGUUGCGCUCUCCAUUUAACACCGAUGGAAAAAUUAUUGCGCAAUUUGUGGAGAACUCGCUUGUGGACAUGUGUGUUGACAUUGUACAGUACGCCAUUGGCCGGCGGGAUCAGAGAACUGGAUUUGUCAGCUUCGAAGAGCGUCGCGCAACGUUCCGCAACCCUCUGCAGCUCCCGGAGAGUAUUGUGGCCCGUAUUCAUGUGCUGUAUUCCUGUGGCUACCUCAAGGAUCUGUUGCCACUCAGCCUUGACGAGGCUGACGCCGUGUCAUCGUCCUUGCUCAGCACAUAUCUCAUGUCUACCAAAUUCCGUCUGGUGGAAGAAAUUUGUAGAUCGCCCGUAUUUCUUCCAAGAGCCUUUAAGCGUGCAUCUGAAGUUGUUAAGAACGCCUUUGAUGUUAUGGCAUUUAUUCACGACAUGGGAAAGACAAUUAAGAAUUCGAUGGUGGGAAUGGAAUGCAAAACAUCAAUGUUUGAGGCGCUUGUAGAAGCUGGGCUGCUGCCAUUUCUUCGCUUUGUUCUGGAAAACGCAAUUUGUGAUUACGAGGCCACGCCGCUACCGCAAUCAUCGUCGUCCGCACCACUGCAGGUGCCUCUUAUAAUGCCUGGGAUGGCGAUGCAGAUGGCGUGUGACAUUGUCUGCAGUUGCAUCAUGUUGUAUCCGCCAGGACGUGGCAGCCUUCUUGCGGAGGCAACUUGUAGUCCGAACGGCUGCAUCUUGGAUUUGCUGCUGCAGUGCAUUGUGAAAAGCCAGUGCGGUACAGAGCUGCAGGCGGCUGUGGAUGCCGUUGUUAGUUGCGGCAUUGGCAUUAUUCAGUACAUACCGGACUCCAUAGAAAUAGGCAGCGCGGCAAAGCGCGACGUGAUACGGUUCUGGGUGGAAGGUGCAGUGGGGCGGCGGCCACCUCUGUUGCCGCUCGCUUCCUACAUUACCAAGGCGCUUGCUGGUGAGGAAACAAUUUCACGUGGUUCACAUGAGGAAGCGAGGGUGCUGCAUGCACUGAAAGUUCUUAUCGCCAUCACGGGGGAAAUAGACGAGGCGCUCAGUCUCAGCUUUGCAAGCGUAUUGGUUCAAGCGGAUUUACCACUCGGGAUAGACGCGGCGCUGCGCACAACGGCUCGGUGUAAUGCCAAUGUCCAGUCCUCCGUCGUGGCUUUUGUUUCCGCCGUGCUCGACAGUGGAAAACGGCGUAUUGUGAUGAAGCUGCUUGGUGAUGGCACAAUACUCGACACAGCGCUCUGCCGCUACAUGGCAUGUGCCCGGCGGAGCAACAUCCUCAGUGCGUCGCUGGCGCACCUUUUGGACUCUCUCUGCCGUGCGGUUCAUUCUGAGAAGAGCGCUGGGGCACGGCGCAUUGUGGGCCCAACCAGCAGUCCAUUUGUGCACCUGCUGAAAAACGACGACGAAGAGAACGAUGAUGACGAAAUUCGAGACAACUGCAGCAGAGGAACGGCGGAAGAAUGUGAGCAACAGCAGCAGGAGCAGCAAGAUGGCGUCAGCAAGAGCGGCGGAGUUUGUCAGUCACUUGGGGCCCGUCUGUGGUCCGUGCACGGGGAGGGGUUGAGGGCCCGUUGUCCCGUGCUUGCCCUCAAGUUUGAGCACGCGCUACACGAAACACCGGAGGAGGCACGGUCUUUAGAUGCCGAGACGUCAAGUGUGGCGAGUACACUGGAGCGAAGCGUGAAGGGCACAGCAGACAUGGAGUUUGACGCGAUGAUGCUGGAAUUUGGCGUCGAGUUAACGCCCCCGCGGUCACACCUCCCACUGGCCCACGGCAACGCAGCCCAAACAGCGGCAGCAGCAGCGGCCCCAGCAGAUAAGAAGAGCAGGAGCACUGAGAAUGAGAAGAAGGAGGAAGUGGAGGAGGAGGAGGAAAUAAAUGAGCCAGUACUGAAGCGCAGUCGAUCGGAGUCCCUGCUGUCGUCGCCUACAAUUGGACCGUAG